AUGGGAGGAACCGAAGACGGACGGAAGUCUGUGCUGAUUACAGGAUGCUCUCCUGGCGGUAUUGGGAACUCUAUGGCCCGUGAGUUCCAUCGGAAUGGCCUGCGUGUGUUCGCUACCGCCCGUGAUGCAAAGACAAUCGAGGAUCUAGCGUCUAUCGGAAUUGAGACUUUGAGUCUUACUGUGGACGACGAGGAAAGCGUCCGACGAUGCUUCGCAGAAGUGAAAGGGAAGCUUGGGGAGAAAGGGCUGGAUUAUCUUGUCAACAAUGCUGGCCGGAAUUAUACUGUGCCGGCUAUGGAGGCAGAGCUCUCCGAAAUCCGUGACACGUUCGAAACGAACUUUGUCGCGGUUGUACACAUUUGCCAGACAUUCCUACCGCUACUCAUGAAGGCUAAGGGAACUAUUGUACAGAUUGGUUCUGUUGCUGGGGUUGUUCCUUACGUAUUCGGGUCCGUAUACAACGCCUCAAAGGCUGCUGUGCACUCGUUUAGCGAUGCCUUGCGCGUGGAACUAGCUCCGUUCGGUGUGCACGUCACUACCGUCAUUACCGGGGGUGUGCAAUCUCGCAUCGCCCGUGUCAAGCGUACUCUGGUUCCCGGCUCAAUCUAUGCACCAAUUGAGGACGAAUAUAACCGACGGGUGGUACAUAGCCAGGCUGGGGCCAUGCCAAACGAAGCGUACGCUCGCAGCGUGGUCACACAGGUCCUCUAUGGAUCUGCACCAUGGCGCUGGAUUUGGCCCUGGGCGCAAGGUCGGAAGAGCUGGAUCUGGGAAGACUCAGAAGAGCGGCUGGAAAAUGAAACAGGAGAGGACGGCAUGAUGGCCGGUAAAUCUGGUUUACUGGACGGGGCUCUCGUCGAUCCUUCGGGUCUUUCGUUCCAAAUGUAA